GGAUAAAGUUGUUUUCAGGGUCACUGGUUGUUGAUCGUACGACAAUUAUGUAACUAAGAUAUGAGUACAUUUGACAAAAUAUAUCGUAGUGUUGUGAGAACGAAGUUUUUCAGUGGAGGAUGGGGUGAUCCUGAAACUUUGAUGAAGUUGAUAGAAAAUAUGAAGACUGUUACUGAUCGAGAUAAGUAUUGCUCAGUCCAUAUCAGGACAGACAUCGUUAUUGAAAAAGUACGACCACUGAUUCUCGAUAACUCUUAGAAAACUGAGAACAAUCACACUAUAUUGAUCGAAGGAUCAUUCAUAUCACCAUUUAAUUCAAUCAUAUCCAAUGCAUUAAAAGGCGAUAACGGAAUCGCGAGGUUUCAAAUGAUCAUUCCUAAGCAGUGGUCUACGAACUAUCGUGCAGUUUGUUUACAUUUUUCUGGCACUGGUGAUCAAAACUAUCAUAGAAGAAGAAUUUUUCUAGCCAACGAUCUAUUAAAAGACGGAAUAGCGUCUAUUAUUUUGAUGAAUCCGUUUUAUUUUAAGCGCAAGCCUGAUGAACAACAAGGUUCUAGUCUAAAUUCUGUUUCUGAUUUGUUCAUCAUGGGCGGAGCUUUAAUUAUGGAAUGCAGCGCAUUGCUAGAAUGGUGUGAACGUAAUGGUUACGGACCCUUUGCACUUCAUGGAAUUUCAAUGGGUGGCUAUAUGUCAGCCCUAUGUGCAAGUGUUUGGCCGAAACCUAUAUCCUUAAUUCCUUGUUUGUCUUGGACUUCAGCAUCAUGCGUGUUUGUAGAGGGUGUUCUAUCGAACGCAGUAGAUUGGUCUGCAUUGACAAAACAGUACUACUCUGAUUCAGUAUACGCUGAUGUAAUUCGACCUCAAAUCCAGCCUCCUGUCCCAGAAUUCUGUAAAACGUCAGGUGAAAACUGUAGUGAUUGUUUAGGUGAUAAUUUACAAAAUUCACUCAAAACACUCGAUUCACCGAACUUUUUACAUUCCGACCAUCCAACUCCUGUAAAUGUAGCUCCUUUGGUUAAAUUAUCAGAACAAUCUGAUUCACAGUCACAUAAUAUCAACAUACAUACUUUCAAAUCAUCAGGCUCCAAUUUUCAGGUUUAUGAAGACUCAUCAUCUCAGUUUGAUAAAAUAUCAAAUUCAACAACUUCCCAGUUAUCGCCAUCUCAUUCUAAUACACACAAAUUUAGUGUUGGUCAAAAGUUUUUUCCUAGCGAUUUAUACAUAGGUCUUCCGAAUUAUUUGUCUUCAUUCAAUUUCGAUGCAAUUUUUCGUUAUACAUGGAAUAGUUCUCGAUGGUAUAAGCAAAUCUCAUUGCCAAGUGUUUCUUUACCAAGUAUUAGUCUUCCGCGUACGGACGCACCAAGAGAUCCAGAAGUUCAACAAUUUCUACGUGAUCUACUAGACUAUUUUACUCAUUUAGGAAACUUUUCUCCAGUAGUAGAUUCUCGACUUGUUCUAUCAGUUGCAGCGGAAUACGAUGCAUAUGUUCCAAGAGGCAGCGUUUGUUCACUAGAAAAAGUAUAUCCUAAUGGUGAAAUUCGUGUUUUGCCUCAUUCUGGUCAUGUUGGCGCUUAUGUAAAAAAUUCCCUAUGGACAAAUGAUUUCAGAACAGCAAUAAGUGAUUGUUUAAAUCUGCAAGUGCAUUUAUAUCAUCAUGAACCGGGACCAUUUGGACGAAUUAACAUAUCUCGUAAGAAUAUUCAACUUAUUAAACUCUUAAAACGUUAACUUCCAUGUAAAUUUACCAUGUUGUAUAGAUAAAAUAUUACGCGUUGACUUAUGCUAUUUAUUAUUUCUUAAUUGGUCGUUUCAUGCUUUUCUUUCUGUUUUCUAUAAACUGAUUUAUCAAUAACUUAUUUGCUGCUUCACUACUCCAUUGCUAUUCAUAGAUGAUACACAGUUUAUAAAUAUUAUUUUACUUUUUUUUGGUUAAUAUGCCCAUUGAAAUAAAUUUUUCUGUUUC